UUUCUGUUCAAUUAAACCGCCUUUUCUCUCUCCCUUUCAUUUUCCACCAUUUUCUCUCCUUUUUCUCGCCUCCCAAACAGCCCCCCAACAAUCCCCUCUCUCUUCCUCCUCCAGAUGAUGUUCUUCCCCUCUCCCAGUUGAUAUUUUCUCGUCGGAUGUUCCUCUCUUUCUACCCCGGAAAUCUUAUCAUUUCGUCAGAUCCGUGAAAAAAAAACAAAAAAAAGGAUUAAUUUUUGCUGUCUAUGGCGUCUGGAUCGUAUUGGUGUUACAGUUGUAGCAGAUUCGUCUGGGUCUCCGAUCCCGAUUUCAUCGCCUGCCCCGAUUGCGACGGCGGGUUCGUCGAGCAGAUUCAGGAUCCGCCGGAUUUCACCCGCGCCGAUUCCUUCCACCCCCGUCAACGCCACAGCCACCGACGCAGCGCCAACAGGUUCCCCCUUUCGGCCAUGUACUCCGCCGCCGCCGACGUGGUGGAGAACAGCCCAAGAUCCGCCGUCGUCCGUUCGCGGAGCCAACGGUCUCCGAAUCCUGUGAUUGUGCUCCGUGGAUCUGGUCAGUCCGACGAAUCCGAGGGCCCAGAUCGGUCGGCGUUUCAGAUGUACUACGACGAUGGUACGGAAUCCGGUCUCCGGCCGUUGCCGCCGAGCAUGACGGAGUUUUUGUUGGGGUCUGGAUUCGAUCGGCUCUUGGAUCAGAUCUCUCAGAUCGAGCUCAACGCGAACAGGAACAACCGUUCGUGGGAGCACCCACCGGCUUCGAAAUCGGCGAUAGAGUCCUUACCCGUCAUAGAAAUCGAACCGACCCAUCUCGAAUCCGAUUCGCAAUCUCACUGCGCCGUCUGCAAGGAGACCUUCGUCCUCAAUUCGGCGGCUCGAGAGAUGCCUUGUAACCACAUCUACCACCCUGAUUGCAUCCUCCCCUGGCUCGCGCUCCGCAACUCGUGCCCGGUUUGCCGCCACGAGCUCCCGGCGGAGGAAAUCGGAACAGAAGGCGGCGGAGUAGAGGGUGCAACCGCCACAGCCACCGCUACGACACAAGAGGAAGAGGACGACGAGUCGGCAUCGGGGCUGACGAUAUGGAGGCUUCCUGGCGGAGGAUUCGCCGUCGGGAGGAUCCCCGGAGGUCGAAGAGGAGGGGACAGGAUGAUGCCGGUGGUGUACACAGAGGUCGACGGCGGGAGAUUCGCCGACGAUAGACUCCCGAGAAGGGUUUCGUGGGGCUCGAGAGGAGGAAGAGGCGGAGGGAGAGAAAGAGGAAGCGGGUUCGCCGGCCGGGUCAUGAGGCUGUUUGGAUGCUUCAGCGGGUCAGGGUCAGGGUCGCGUUCCCGAGAGAAUCGGCCGACUCGGUCGUUUGCACUGUUCAACAAUACGACGUCGUCGAGUAGAAGAAGGUGGGUGGCAUGAAACCAUCAUCACCAUCGUCAUCAUCACCAUCACCAUCAUCAUCAUCAUCAUCACCAUCAUCAUCACAUCAUGGUGAUGUUGUCGUAUCGCCUCCACCAGAGAUCAAGAAGAUUCUUCCCUGUUACAGUCAAAUCUGUAUUUUAUUUUCUUGAAGACUUUCCAUCAGCAUAAUAAUUAAAAAAAACGUCAUUUGAUUAUAAAUAUUCGUUAAAAGGCCAAAUUCUUUUAUGAGUAUAUUCAGACAUUCUUAGCUUAAGCUUGGUGUAGUAACAUAUAGUCCGUCUGUAUUUGGAUUAAGUUAUUUGAUACAGCAUUUUGUGAUUAGGGUUUAGAAGAACUAAAGUGAAAUCCCAUGUUUUGUAUUAAA